CCUCAACACGUCACUGAAACCUGCGUUUCUUAAUUUGCGUUUUUUAAAGUGUCCUCUCUAACACAUCAAACCCUCAGUUCAGCCAACGUAAGAAUAAGGAGGAAGUAUUUCUGCUGGACCAGAAACGUCUCGCCUCAUCCAGGUCACAUCUGACCAAGCUGCAGAGAAUAAAGAUGUUGUUCUCUCCCAGAGGCCUUCAGUCUGUGUGGCUUCUUCUUGCUGUUCUUGGACUAGGCCGUCAUGAUGUGGAGGCUUCAGAAGGAAAACGAUUCAUUCAUAAAAAAGUUGGAGACUCUGUGGAGCUUUCAUCAAAUUUACCAGCUGAAGGCAUCGCCAGGGCAGAUUGGAGCUAUGGAGGCAUGAAAGUAGCAAUCAAAGGUUCAGGUCUUACUGGAAACAAUCCAUUUAAAGGCAGAUCAACAUUCAAUAACACAACCUUUAGUUUCACAAUAAGAGGCCUGACUCUUCAAGAUUCUGGUCAAUUUAUUUUCAACGCAGAGGUCAAAGGCCAACAACGUCCAGUCGUCAUCACUCUGCAAGUUCAGGAGCCCAUAUCCACAACUCCCAUUGUGUUUUCCAACAUCACUGAGCCUGGAUCAGAUGGAUCUUGUUCAGUUUUUCUGGAGUGCAAAGUAAAUAAUCACAGCAACGUCAUCUACAGCUGGACUGUGGAAACCCAAACCAGAAACGGGCCCAGACUGCAAUACAAGAUUACACCACAAGAUGGCAACACCACAUUCACCUGCAAUGCCUCCAAUGUUAUCAGUGAGGUGUCAGCAUCCAAAAUACUGAAAUGCAGCUCUAUUGACGGAUGUGGUUUUUCUCCCGCCAUGUUUUGGGUCAGGUUGGCUGUCGGACUUCUCGUUGUCCUGGUGCUGGUCUGGCUGCUGUACGAACCAAAGUUGAAGGAAGUACUUUGUUCCGGGUUGAAACGCGCUACAGGAGUCGACCAGGACCCCAGUGAGCUGGAGCUCAACUCCUCAGCUCCUCGGUGCAAACGUCCCACCUCUAAGUUCCCAUCAGCAAUCGGGACAGUCAACGGGGAACAAGUGGACGAGAUGAGCCCAGGAAAUCCAUCAGAAAAGUUUCUUCUCAGACCACAGUCAGUCGUGGAAGACGGUUCUUCCUUCAACAGGAAGAACCAGAACCCGAAAGACUGGGGUUCUGGUUCUUCCUGUUAA